AUGGACAACAACACGGUAGAUAUUCAUGAGGAUUCUGGGCGAUACCUACAAGAGUACAUUCAAAGUUUAGAAAAUCUUCCGAGCGAAAUACAGUACCAUUGGGCAGAAAUAAGAAAUAGAUAUGAUCAGGCCAAAGCUCCUGAAAGGAGAAUCAAGUCUGGCCAACAUGAUCUCACAAAGAUACAUAGACAAUGGUUUACACAGGAAGUAGACAAGAGAGAAAAGCUCCUGAAGCACCAGCCUGUUAUUAUUCAGAGAAUACAAAACGACUACAACAAACUAGAGGAUUUGGCUAACGAAAGAGUCUCAUUAGCAGAAGAAGCACUGAAAUUAGUCGAUCGGCACUUGCUACGACUCCAAAGGGACCUCGACAAGCACGAUCAAGAUCAUCCCGAGCAUGCUCCAGAACCAUCGCUUACAACGCGUAGUUAUACUAUACCACAUGGUAGAAAAAGUAUAUUGACAAAUUUGGAUGACUACCAAGGUGAAGAGGACGAAGAAGAUGACAUUGAAGACGAGGAAGAGGAGGCAGAGGAUUUGGAUCAUGAUGAGAAUGAACAACACGAGGAAGAAAAGGAGCAAGAGCAAGUUGUGCAAAAACCUAUAAAAUUAGUGGCAGAGGACAAGAUCGAGCCUAAACCAAUUACUGUUGUGCAUACACCGCCUGUCAAAAUAGACUCUGACAUUCAGACUAUUAUGGCGAAUAGAAAUCAGAAAAGAAAGAAGAAGGAGGCCCGUGAAUCAGACAAAGGCGAGCCUCUGUAUUGCUUCUGCCAGCAAGUAUCUUAUGGGGAGAUGGUGGCAUGUGAUGGCGAGAACUGUCCCUACGAGUGGUUUCAUAUGGAUUGUGUGGGAUUAGAAGAGCCACCAAAAGGUGCUUGGUACUGUUCUGACUGCACAGCUGAAAUGCGCAAGCGCAAGUCAUCCACUUUGCCUUUGAACAAGAAGAUGAAGCGAAAAAAGGAUUCCCAAACUUGA